GGCCGGGAGGGGAGAAAGGCGAACUCGAAUUGGGGGAAGAGAGCGAGAGACGAAUCGCAUCGAGCCGGAGAGGAAGUCAGAGACAGGGAGGAGGGCGGCGGAAUCGGCGCCGGCGGGAGGCAGGCAUGGAGGACCUGAGCGUGGAGGAGCUCGCCUCCAACCUCUCCACCUACAAAGAGCAGCUACGCGAGGUCAAGAAGCUUAUCAAGGAGAAGAAGGAUGAUGCUGGAAUUUCUGAAUAUAUUGAUAUGGAGAAGGAGCUUCAAGAGGUCAUAACGUUAACCGAAGAGAUUUUGGCAACUGCAAAGCAAACUGAGAGUGCCCAGAAUGUUGCAGGUCUAUCACCGCCAAGCUAUUCAGCUGGAGUGCAGUCUGAGGGACUGGAUGACCUUUCACAUUCCCAUAAGUUUGCCGUUGGUACUAGAGUUCAAGCUGUGUGGAGUGAAGAUGGAGAAUGGUAUAAUGCAACCGUUGAAGCUUUGACACCAAAUGGAUACUAUGUAGCCUACGAUGGCUGGGGAAACAGUGAAGAGGUGGACCCAGAUAAUGUGAGGCUGCUUGAGGAAGAAGCAGCUGAUGCCUUGGGACAAGCUGAAAAGGAAGCUGAAGCUACAAAAAUGGCAAUAAAGAGGAAAAUUGAACAAGCAGCAACAUCUGAUUUUCAGGCGCGUAGCUUGCCGGCCAAACUUCGUAUCGAACCAAGUGACCCUGAGGAUGUUAAAGCUGCAAAGCGUAAGAAAAUACAUGCUUUCAAAUCAAAAUCCCGCUUUGAGCAGCUUGAAUUUGCCCAAAACAAAAGGCAGAAUGCAUGGCAGCAGUUUCAAACCAAGGGGAAAGCCAAAAAGGUGGGGUUCUUCUCCGGUCGCAAGAAGGAGAGCAUCUUCAAGUCACCGGACGACCACAGAGGUAAGGUGGGUGUCACUGGGAGUGGCAAGGGCCUGACCGACUUCCAGAGGAGGGAGAAGCAUCUGCACCUUAAAGGUGGGUCCGGGGAUGCAGCGGAUGAUGACGAGGAGUAAACUGAAGAACCGAGCCUCUGUUUGUAUCCCGCCGAACAGACAUUUCCAUACCUGUUCUUUAGCGCCGACAUGGCCUCGAGGGGACUCUUGACUUAAACCAGAAAAUUUCAAUGUU